AUGUUAUUGUUUUAUCUAAUUUUUUUCUUAUUCUCGAAUCGAAUUCAUGCAAGAAAUGAUAGUACGGAAUUUAUACCAAAACUUGAAGAUUUAUAUCCAUUACCUAAUAAUGAUCAAAUCGAAAUAAUUGCUGCUCAAUUUCAUCAAAAUCCGAAUUGGGAACAAGGAAAUAUGCCUAUGUCAUUAACUGAAGUUGAAGAAACAACACCAAAUCAACCUAUAUCUCGAGAACCGCAAAACAGACCAGGAAUAUAUAAAACAGGUCAUAAUUAUCGUCCUGGAGAAAUGCAUCCAUAUCGUAUUGAUCAUUAUGGUGUUCAUCCUCAUUCGAAACAUCAUAUAUUUUUCGUUCGACAUGGAGUAUAUUUCUAUACAGAAGAUGAACCAAAUGCACAUUUACUUCGUUAUGGAAAAUAUCAAGCUCGUAUGGCAGGUUAUAAAAUCAAUCAAAUAAUACAUGGAUUAAUACAAAGAUUAGGUCCUUUGACAAAACCAAUUAAAUUAGUAUCAAGUACACAAACACGUGCAAUUGAAACUCUUUAUAAUAUUCGUUUACAACUUAGUAAUAAUCUUCAAUUUGAAACAACAUUUAUUCAAGAUACUGGUCUUAGUGAAUGCGUUGAUUCAGCUAAACAACGUGUUCGUUGGCUUUAUUUUGUUCGUGAAUAUUUACAACCACUUAAAUCAAAUCAACCUGAACAUUCAAUAACAAUUAUAGCUAGUCAUGGAAAUAUUUUAACAGCGUUUAAUCAUAUUAUUAAAAAUUUUCUUCUUAGACGAAGACCUCCGGCAACAUUUCCAACAUUUGAUCUUCCUCAAGGAACUGGUUUAGCACAUGGUGAUACAUUGUAUUAUUCUUCUAAUGGAGCACAACCAAUUCAGUUACAACAGAUUAUUCAUAUGAAUGAAAUUCCAAUAACGGUCAAUCAUGCACACUUAAGAAAAGAUUUUUAUUAUGAAUGGGCUGCUAUGCAUCAAUGCAGAUCGUAUCAUGGUCGUGCCAAUAUGAGAAAUUAUAUUCAAGCAGGUCUCAUUGAUAAUAUAUUUGGUAAAGAUUAUUUUCAAAAUAAAAUGAAAAACUAUGAAAGUAUUGUUUAUAUGGAAUUAAAAUAUGAAUAUGCUACACAUAUAUUACCUAUGAUGUUGUAUACAUGUCGUAGUUAUCUUUAUCGUCUACCUUUUAUUCAAGCAAAUACAGAUUUUGAAUCAUUUAAUCGUUUAAUGUCACCUAUACCUGUUCCAGCAACACUACAAGAACAAAGUUCAAGAUUAACAAUACCAUUAUAUCAAUUUAGUGCAUAUGGUAUGCCAUUUCGAGUCGAUAAUCGUAUACAAAAGUUUCGAAAAAAUCCAAUAAUAAGUCGACAAUAUGUUUCACCUGAUAGUGUUCAUCCAGAAUCACGUGAUGAAAAAACAUCAUAUUUAACACGUCUUGGUAUUAAUCAAAUACGUGGUAUUAUGUCACAAAUACAUCAUAUCAUUCAUUUACAUAAAGAAAAAUUACCUGAAGACGGUCAUAUAUUUCCAGUGACUAUAGCAGCUGAUCCAACAAUUCAAUCAGCUGAAUCAUGUUUUCAUGUGCGAAGUCUUUUACUCAGUGCUAACUAUACGGUAUCAGAACAAGUUACUGAUCUUGGACUUCAAUAUAAUUACUUUGGAAAAAAAACUACGGCUGAUAUGAUUGAUUUUCAACGAGUACAAGCUCUUUAUAUGUUACGUCAUUAUCUUAUACCAGAUGAAACUGAUUCAAAACGUCCAUCAUUACAAGUUCAUAUUUUGUGUGGUGAUGGUCGUUUAUUUACAGCAUUUCGUCAAGAAAUGGCUUUAAAUAAUCUUCUUAUUGAACCACAUCAAAGAUUUUCAACACUUAGUGAUCCUUAUUAUAAUGCAUUGAAACAUGGCAAUGCAUUAUUCUUUGAAGCUAUUGGUCAUGAACUAUUAAAACUUCAUAAUGCUUUAGAUUUACUAGGAUCAAGAAAUAUAUCUGAUGAACAAAGAAUAGCAACGGAUCAACCACUUCAAUUGACAGCACUUGAUUUACAAUAUUGGUUUCGAAGUCGAUAUGGUCCUUGUACAUUAGAUUAUUUUCUUCAAAAUAAAGAAACCUUAUCAUUAUCAGUCACCAAUACAGGUUCCAUGUAUCAAAAAUAUAUUGCUCGAAUAAUUCGAAAAGAAUGGAAUCCAUAUCUUGCUGGUAGAUUAUUUAUUUAUUCAUGUCGUCUUCAACUUACAUUAACAAGUGGUUCUAAUCAAUGUGAACAACAACAAGCAGCAGGAGCCGGAGCUAUUGCAAAUGAAGCUGUUGCCCAAUGUCGAGAGCAAAAUACAGCUAGAGGAGGACCUUUUGGAAAUUGUAGCUAA